UUUCAUCUUGCCGAUACUAUUUCAAACAAUGAGACGGCAAGUACUGUUGUUUAUCCCGAUCCUCUAUUUUAGUGCAGUAUAUGGCCAGGCCAGCUACUCGAUUCCGGAGGAGAUGGCGAAAGGCUCUCUAGUCGGUAAUAUAGCUCAGGAUUUAGGUUUGGAUGUUAAACGACUGAGGUUGGGUAACGCUCGUGUUUAUUCUGGUGAUAGCAGAGAGUACAUCGAGUUGAAUCGCGAAAGAGGAGUCCUCCUUAUCAAAGAGAAAAUAGACAGAGAGGCGUUGUGCGCUGAUACGACACCGUGUGCUGUGCAUUUUCAGAUUGUGUUAGAGAAUCCUAUGGAAUUUUACAGCGUAUCAGUUGAAAUUACAGAUAUAAACGACAAUGCACCAACCUUUGAAAAAAACGAAAUUAAAUUCUUAAUAAGCGAGUCUGCAGUUGUCGGGGCAAAAUUCUUUUUAGAAAGAGCAGUUGAUUUGGAUGUAGGUAUAAAUAGUCUACAAAGAUAUUUUCUCAAACCAAGUGAUCAUUUUAUGCUUAAAUUGCACAACCAAGCCGAUGGUACAAAGAACGUUGAAAUGGUCUUACAAAAACCUCUCGAUAGAGAGAAAAACGAGAAGAUAUCUUUGGCGCUGACCGCUGUAGAUGGAGGAGAACCACAAAUGUCGGGAGCAAUGCAGAUCCUCAUCACAGUUUUAGAUGUCAAUGACAAUGCACCUGUUUUCACACAGCCCAUAUAUAAGGGCAGUGUGGCUGAAAAUGCUGCAAAGGGCACGAUCGUGACCACUGUCAGUGCUUCAGAUGCUGAUGGUACAUUAAAUGGCAAAGUAACAUACUCAAUCAAAAACACUAUGGAUGACGUUAGACACAUGUUUGAAGUUAAUGAGGACAGUGGCGAAGUUAGUUUGACUGGACAA